AAGGUAUAAAAACCGGUUUUUGAACAUGAGACUAUAAAUUAUCAAGACACCCUCCGUUAGGGUUUCUUCUUUCUUCCCCUUUGCAACUUAAAACCCUUAUUACAAUUUCAGGGCUUAAAGCUUCAUCUCCUGCAACCAUUUUUCAAACUUCAUCAAUGGGAUCAGUCAAGAGAAAGUCUGUAGACGAAGGUCCUUCAAAUUACACGUCCCCACCGCACAAACAACACAAAGACAACGACAACGGAUUAACAGAAACCACCGAAGAGGGGGUUGCGUGUGUUCAUGACGUAUCUUACCCGGAAAACUACGUCACUGUUCCCCGGCGGUCUAAUACCGACCAAGAUUCAAAACCCGCGAAGGAAUUUCCAUUUACUCUCGACCCUUUUCAGUCUGAAGCAAUUAAUUGUCUGAAUGUUGGAGAAUCUGUCAUGGUAUCGGCACAUACUUCAGCCGGGAAAACUGUUGUGGCAUCAUAUGCUAUUGCGAUGUCACUGAGAAAUAAGCAGAGAGUAAUAUACACAUCUCCGAUAAAGGCAUUGAGUAAUCAAAAGUAUAGGGAGUUUAAAGAAGAGUUUUCCGACGUGGGUUUGAUGACCGGAGAUGUUACUAUUGAGCCCAAUGCUUCUUGUUUGGUGAUGACCACAGAAAUCUGGCGUAGUAUGCAGUACAAAGGAUCAGAGCUCACAAGGGAGGUGGCAUGGAUCAUUUUCGACGAGGUACAUUAUAUGCGCGAUAGAGAAAGAGGGGUAGUUUGGGAAGAAAGCAUUGUUAUGGCCCCCAAAAAUGCUCGUUUCGUCUUCUUAUCUGCUACAGUACCAAACGCGAAGGAGUUUGCCGAUUGGGUUGCAAAGGUUCAUCAACAACCAUGUCAUAUUGUUUAUACAGAUUAUCGGCCAACGCCGCUUCAGCAUUAUCUUUUUCCGACUGGUGGUGAUGGAUUAUACUUGGUGGUGGAUGAAAAGGGAAAAUUUCGUGAGGAUAGUUUUCAAAAAGCGUUAAACGCUCUUGUUCCCGUUAAUGAGAAAAAAGAUAGUGGGAAAUUUCAGAAGGGUUUGGUCAAUGGUAGGGCUGGUGAAGACAGUGACAUAUUCAAGAUGGUGAAAAUGAUUAUUCAACGACAAUAUGAUCCCGUCAUAAUCUUUAGUUUUAGCAAAAGGGAAUGUGAAUUCCUUGCAAUGCAGAUGGCGAAAAUGGAUUUAAAUGACGAUGACGAGAAAGUGAACACUGAAACCAUCUUUUGGAGUGCUAUGGACAUGUUAUCAGAUGAUGAUAAGAAGCUACCCCAGGUGUCGAAUAUGCUUCCCCUCUUGAAGCGUGGAAUAGGCGUGCAUCAUUCCGGGUUGCUCCCCAUACUGAAAGAAGUUAUUGAAAUACUAUUCCAAGAAGGUCUAAUUAAGUGCUUGUUUGCCACAGAGACAUUUAGCAUAGGUCUCAAUAUGCCUGCAAAAACUGUUGUUUUUUCAAAUGUUCGAAAGUUUGACGGCGAUAAAUUCAGAUGGCUAUCGAGUGGUGAAUAUAUUCAAAUGAGUGGUCGAGCGGGUCGUAGAGGAAUCGAUGAUCGUGGGGUCUGCAUUCUUAUGGUUGAUGAAAAAUUAGAACCUUCCACCGCCAAAAUGAUGGUCAAAGGGAGUGCUGACUGUUUGAACAGUGCAUUCCAUUUAAGCUACAACAUGCUCUUGAAUCAAUUGAGAUGCGAAGACGGUGAUCCCGAAAAUUUGCUUCGUAAUUCAUUCUAUCAAUUUCAAGCUGACCGAGCCAUCCCUGAUCUUGAGAGACAAAUGAAAGGUCUUCAGGAGGAACGAGACUCGAUUCACAUUGAAGAAGAGGAUAGUUUAGAAAAUUAUUACUCUUUGUUGGAGCAAUAUAAAAGCUUAAAGAAGGAUGUGCGUGACAUCAUCUUUUCUCCUAGAUAUUGCUUGCCGUUUUUGCAACCUGGCAGGCUUGUAUGUGUUCGUUGCACGAGUAGUGACGAAAGUACUCCCACUUUUUCCGUUGAGGAUCAUGUCACAUGGGGUGUUAUAGUCAACUUUCAGAAAGUCAAGUCUCUUUCAGAAGAUGACGUGGACAAAAGCCCGGAAGAUGCAAACUAUACAGUGGAUGUUCUUACAAGAUGUACCGUAUCUAAAGAUGAACUUUCUAAGAAGACAAUUAAGAUUAUUCCACUAAAGGAGCCCGGGGAACCGGCUGUUGUUUCUGUUCCUAUUUCUCAGAUAGAUAACUUGAGUAGUGUGAGGCUCAUAAUAGCAAAGGAUCUUUUACCACUGGAAAAUCGGGAAAAUACGUUAAAAAAGGUGUCGGAAGUUCUCUCGAGAUUUUCCAAACAAGGAAUACCCCUCUUGGACCCUGAAGAAGACAUGAAGGUCCAAAGUGGGUCGUAUAGGAAGGCGGUCCGCAGGAUUGAGGCUUUAGAGAACCUGUUUGAGAAACAUGAAGUUGCAAAAUCUCCACUCAUUGAGCAAAAGUUGAAAGUCUUGCACAAGAAGAAACAAAUUACUGCUCAAAUUAAAUCGAUUAAGAAGUCAAUGCGGUCUUCCUCAGCACUUGCCUUUAAAGAUGAGCUCAAAGCAAGGAAAAGGGUUCUUCGAAGACUCGGAUAUGUGACUAGAGACGAUGUUGUGGAGUUGAAGGGGAAAGUUGCUUGUGAAAUUAGUAGCGCAGAUGAAUUGGUAUUAACCGAGCUUAUGUUUAAUGGUGUUUUAAAAGACAUAAAAAUAGAAGAAAUGGUAUCUCUUUUGUCUUGUUUCGUCUGGCAAGAAAAGCUUCAGGAUGCUCAAAAGCCCAGGGAAGAACUCGACAUGCUCUUUACACAAUUGCAAGAUACCGCACGAAGAGUAGCUAAAGUUCAACUAGAGUGCAAGGUUGAAAUUGAUGUAGAGGGUUUUGUGAGUUCGUUUCGGCCUGAUAUUAUGGAGGCUGUUUAUUCAUGGGCAAAAGGGUCGAAAUUUUAUGAGAUAAUGGAAAUAACACAGGUAUUUGAAGGCAGUUUGAUCAGAGGUAUCAGGAGAAUGGAAGAAAUUCUACAGCAGUUAAUAUUAGCAGCAAAAUCGAUUGGGGAAGUUGAACUUGAAGCCAAAUUUGAAGAGGCGGUUUCGAAGAUCAAGAGAGAUAUUGUGUUUGCAGCCUCAUUAUACUUGUAGAAUUUGAUAUUCACUUGUGUGUUUGAAUUUUGAUUGCCUAAAAUAGGUACAAGAAAGCUUUUAAAGGAUAGGGAAACUGAUUUAUUUUUUUGUAGUAGUUUCUGGUAAAAUAAACCAUAUUUAAGUAUUGAAUUA